AUUGUCUUUCUGCACAGUCCUUGUACCUAUUUGCUCUCUCUCCCACACUCCUCCACGACAUCGUAUGCUAAUCCCUAGCCACCCACUCCUUAAACUCCAAUUCGCAACCGCGCACAGCUACUGUGAGGACAGACGGACGGACAGACCACCUCUUAAACCCUUGUCCCUUCUUUCUUCUCUAAAUCGUUAAAUUUUCCGUUUGCUAGCCGUGAUGGAAGCAGAUGAAGAAAAUUCAGAGCCCGCACCGGCACCGACACCGGCACCGGAGGAGCCCUCUGCUGCAGUUCCCGAAAAUCAAACUGUAGUUCAACAAAUCCCACCUAUCAUUACACCUGUAGUCCCCUCAUUUGUGCCACCUAUUGCUCCAAUACCUCCACUUCCUCCUCCCGCAAUCCCUCGCCCCUUAGCGCCUCUCCCUAUCCGCCCGCCUGUUCUUAGGCCGCCACCUGUGUCGCAAAAUGGUGAAGAGAGAACGAGUGACUCAGAUUCCGAUCAAGAUGACUUUGGCCCCGCCGGGACUGCUCCGGGAUCAACGGGUGAUUAUGAGUUCUCGGAAGGAAGCCGACUAGCAAAAGAGAGAAAACAGAAGAUUGUGCAGGAAAUCAUGAUGAAGCGGCGAGCUGCUGCUCUGGCAGUGCCUACUAACGACAUGGCGGUCCGAGCCCGUCUCCGGCGGUUGGGAGAACCAAUAACGCUGUUUGGAGAACGGGAGAUGGAGAGACGAGACAGGCUAAGGAUGCUUAUGGCGAAGCUAGAUGCUGAAGGGCAAUUGGAGAAACUGAUGAAAGCUCAUGAGGAGGAGGAAGCUGCAGCUUCGGCGGUUACAGAUGAUGCUGAGGAAGAAAUGCUUCAAUACCCAUUUUAUACCGAGGGUUCAAAAGAGAUUUUAGAUGCUAGAAUUCAUAUUGCAAAGUAUUCAAUUCUAAGAGCUGCUUUGAGACUUCAACGUGCAAGGAGGAAAAGGGAUGAUCCAGAUGAAGAUUUAGAUGCUGAAAUUGAUUGGGCACUGAAGCAGGCUGGGAGCUUAGUACUUGACUCUAGUGAAAUUGGAGAUGACCGGCCACUCUCUGGUUGUUCCUUCUCGAAUGAUGGAAAACUGCUCGGUACCUGUGCGUUAAAUGGAGUUGCUAAAAUAUGGAGCAUGCCUCAAGUAAAGAAGGUUGCUGCCUUGAAGGGACACACAGAGCGUGCAACAGAUAUUGCAUUUUCUCCUGUGCAAAACCAUUUAGCAACUGCCUCUGCUGAUCGAACUGCAAGGUUGUGGAAUGCUGAUGGUUCUGUCCUUCAGACAUUUGAGGGUCAUCUAGAUCGCCUUGCACGGAUUGCUUUCCAUCCAUCAGGGAAGUACUUGGGCACUACAAGCUUUGAUAAGACAUGGAGACUAUGGGAUGUAGAUACUGGUGUGGAAUUACUUCUUCAAGAAGGUCACAGUAGGAGUGUCUAUGGGAUAUCCUUCCACCAGGAUGGUUCUUUAGCAGGAUCUUGUGGACUGGAUGCACUUGCUCGUGUUUGGGAUCUUCGUACUGGAAGAAGUAUUCUGGCUUUGGAGGGCCAUGUCAAGCCAGUUCUUGGUAUCAGUUUUUCGCCCAAUGGGUAUCAUUUGGCCACUGGUGGGGAAGAUAAUACUUGUCGGAUAUGGGAUUUAAGGAAGAAAAAAUCAUUGUAUACCAUACCUGCCCACUCAAAUCUUAUAUCACAAGUGAAGUUUGAGCCUCAAGAGGGCUACAACCUGGUCACUGCAUCUUAUGACAUGACUGCUAAGGUUUGGUCAGGUCGGGAUUUCAAGCCUGUCAAGACAUUAUCAGGGCAUGAAGCAAAAGUUACUUCUUUGGAUAUUAGUGCAGAUGGGCGCUAUAUUGCAACUGUCUCACAUGAUCGAACGAUCAAGCUCUGGUCCAGCAGCAGCAAUGAAAAGGAUGCUAUGGAUGUAGACUAGAUUACCUUGAGCUCCUUGCAAUGAAAAAUGAUAAAUUGUUAGAUGGUCUUGACAUUAGCUGAUCGAGCAUCAACGUUUUCUAACUUUUCCUCAUCUGCGGCAGUUUAACUUAGUAGUAUCAAGCUAUCAGCCAAUUUCAGCGAGAGAUCAAUGCGAACUGCAGCUGUAAUCCCCUUGCAUCUUAUGUAUUUGAUGUGCAGUUCUCCCAAGGUCGUACUUUAUGAUAAGGAAAUGACUGGAAGUCUGGAAUUGAUUCUACAAGGAUCUACAAACUAAAUUUUGCAGAUAUUCCAUGUUUGUCCCUGUUUGAUUCUUUCUUAAUCUUAACUAUUCAAAUGGUGGUUUUGCAAUUCUAUUUCCCUAAUCUAUAUGGCAUAUGCACAAUUAUCUUGACUGAAA